GCUCUGCCAGUUUGCAUCAUCUUGAAUGUUAGUUGAAUCAACCCUAGAAUCAAAGAAAGCGACCCUUGCCAGCGGGAUUUUUCUUUGAUUUGCAGUGGAAGUUGAUGCAAAAUUCCCACCUCGAUCCUGCUAGGUUUCGCUUGCCGUGCAGGCAACUCACGCCUUCCGCCUGGUCUCAAUCUGUUUCCCUGUAAUGAAGGAAUUGCCUAAGAGAGCUGCGGACUCAAAUUUUUUUGAUCCAAAUUCAGAUGAAUUUGUAGAUAGAGAAUCUACAGCUGCUAAUUCAGAACAUAAGUCUCUUCACAGGAAGUCAUCGAAGGCUUCUUCUUUCUUGGCAAGUUUCUUCACACCAACAUUCUCAAUCUUUGAAAGACACUCCAGCUUAUUUCCGGAUGAAGACAAACCUAGCAAAUCCAGAAGUUAUGGAUGGACAACAGCUUUGAAGAAACUUAUGGGUAGCGGCCCAAUGAGGAGGCUCCAAGAUCACAUACUAGGGUUAAACAGGGCUUACACUUUGAGCUCAACCAGUGAAAUAUGGUUUCUUGGCAAGUGCUAUAAACUCUCACCUGCAGAGUCAAUAUCAAAUUCAGCUCAUGGCAAUAGCUUUGCUGCUUUUUUAGAAGAUUUUUCUUCAAGAGUUUGGAUCACUUACCGGAAAGGUUUUGAACCCAUUGGCAACUCAAAGUUUACAUGUGAUGUCAACUGGGGAUGCAUGAUCAGAAGUAGUCAGAUGCUUAUUGCUCAGACACUAAUUCUUCAUCAUAUGGGGAGAUCUUGGCGAAAACCCAUGCAGAAGCCAUAUGAUCUUCAGUAUAUUGAAAUUCUGCAUCUUUUUGGCGAUUCUAGCUCACGUGUCUUUUCAAUACACAGUCUUCUUGAAGCUGGGAAAGCUUAUGGUUUAGCUGCCGGGUCAUGGUUGGGUCCUUAUGCUAUGUGUCGAACAUGGGAAACCAUUAUCAAUGCUAACAAAGAACAAGAUGAUAACGACAAACAUAAACAAAGGUUUCCCAUGGUUCUGUAUAUUCUCUCAGGUGAUAAAGAUGGAGAACAAGGUGGAGCUCCAAUUGUCUGCAUUGAGGUUGCUGCUAGACUCUGUCAUGAUUUUAACAAGGGGCAGCAAGACUGGGCACCUAUACUACUUUUGGUUCCUUUGGUUCUUGGUCUGGAAAAAAUCAAUCCCAGGUAUGUUCCUUUGCUAGGGGAAACCUUUACUUUUCCACAAUGCCUUGGCAUUUUAGGCGGUAAACCUGGAGCCUCGACCUAUAUUGUUGGUGUGCAAGAUGAGAAGGCACUGUACUUGGAUCCUCACGAAGUUCAAUCGGCUGUUGAUAUCAAGAUGGAUGAUAGGGAAGCCGAUUGUUCUUCAUAUCACUGCAGUACGGUCCGGCACUUGCCCCUAGAUGCGAUUGACUCAUCAUUGGCCAUUGGGUUUUACUGCAGAGACAAAGAUGAUUUCGAAGAUUUCUGUUCCCGUGCCACUCGACUCGCAGACAACUCUAGUGGAGCACCCCUCUUCACUGUCCUCCAAAGUGCUCAAUCUGCUAGACCCAUUCCUGAUCAUGACUCAGUGGCGGUCAGUACCAGUGGCCAUAUCCGAAUGGAUGACUACUCAUUGGCCGAAAGUUUCAGUGAAUUCGACGACCAGAACCAAGAAGGUGGGUGGCAAGUUAUCUGAAGAGCUUACACAUGACAAACCAUUUUCUUACCCAAAUGUAUAGUGCUCGUUUUUUCACAGCUCAAUCUAAGCUGCUCUGAAGCGUGUUCAUAAAACAAAUAUAUAGUUUUUUUAUUAAAAAACUAAAAUAUAAAUAAAAAAUAUAAUAAUUUUAUUAAAAGUAA